GACUGUAAUUCUAGAAAAAAACAGUUAUUGCUUUCGGUAAUACCUGUUCCAGAUAAUGUGCCAGAUCACAAGAUUAAAGAAGUUUUUCAUACAACUACAGGUUUUAUUAAACUUAAUCUACAGGAAAACAAUAUGUUUCAAAAUAUGUUUGACGUAAAAAAUAUGGACGGAAUAAUGGACAAUAAUAUUUUAUCAUCAAAACAAAGUUUUUUAUAUAAUAAGAAUGCGUCAAAUUUUAAGUCAUCACUUUCCGAAGCAUUCCCUUUUCGAGGUUUCCCUGAGAACGAAAUUUCAACAAUUCACAGUCAUGUAAAAAACGUAAACCACUUGUACAAAACCAUAGAAUGCGAAUUUCCUCGUUCAGAAAUUGUAGCUGAUGUCAGUCCAAAUUCUGCAUCCUAUAUUAAUCGGCAGGCUGAUUCGUUGAGACAUCAAUUAAGUAAUAAUCCAAAGAAUUGGCUGGACAGAAAUAAUAAAUAUCAGAUGUCAUUUUACCAACAAUAUCUGUUUAAUAAGAAAUACAAUACACCUACUAGAAUUAGUACCGUUAAUGAACCAGAUCUUUGGUAUUCAUCAUCUCAGACGAUAUAUCAGGAUACAUGCUCUAUAAAGACAUAUAAAGAUAGUGAGAUAAUAGCGAAUUUGUGGCAAGAUAAAGUUCCACGACAAUUUAAUAAUGUUAAAUACGAAUAUAAAAAAAGUGAAGAUAAUAAUGCAUUCAAUAAAGAUAAAAAAUUUGGCAUUUCCCAAAUGAUAAUCGAUAUUGGCCAAAAUGCAACAAUUAAACAGACAAUUAAAGAUAAUAUAGAUAUGUGUUGGAACGAAGACCAGAAUAUUGUCGUAGAUACGGACGAUCUUUUGGCAACGAUGCGCGAUAAGCUUAAAACAAGCUUAAAGAAUUUUUUAAAACGAGCACAAGAAGGAACGUUUAUUGAAUUGUCGACUUUUCCACGCACCAGAUCGCAUCCACAGUCGAGCUCCUUAAAUUUGCAAAAUACGGAUAUUAACUUAAGAAAGAAUCAAAGAGAAUUGGACAAAAAAACGAAACAAAAAGCAUUUAGUGGAUUGCAAAGCAAAUGUAAUACUCAGGAAAUCAAUAAAGUAACUGAAUCGCAAUUACAGCAAAAUAAUCUAGAUUACAUUAUGGAAAAGAAAGUGAUUACACUUGAAUGCAAAGAAAAUAAUUCAGAAGAAUCAAUGCACGGAUGCAAGAUAGAAUCAAAGUCGAACGAUAUAAAUACAGAAAACAAUUUUCGAGUUCAUUCAAUGUCUCAACUAGCUGCGUACAAAAAACAUUAUUACGACACGUUAUUGAGUGUUCAAAGAGCUAAAGUCGCAGUCACGAAUUCUUUAGCAUCUUCCUCGGAUCAUUUAACGGGUUACGAUGAUCCGUAUUACUCGAAUUACAUAGAUCAGCAGCAACACCUGUUUCAUCAACAGCGUCAUUUCAUGACGAGACCGCAAUUUUUAACGUAUCCGGCUGAGUUAUCCGGAUUAUCAAACGUGCAUGGUAAUCAAUACAGUUGGGCGAAAUCAGUCUAUAAAUAUUUAUUACUGAAGCAAUUAAGACUUCAACAGCAGACUUCGCCCCUGUAUGCCCGAAAUCAAAAUGGUUGGAUUCAUCGUUACAUCGGACCUGUGUAUCCCUAUUCCUUUACGUCAAACGAAAGUGCUCAAGCGAAGCACUUCAUACGCCGUAAGAGUUUGGAAGACAUAGUCGGAAAAUUGAAGGAGAUUGAACGCAACAAUGUUAACAAUUGAGCGAUUUUUCUCUUGCAUUGAAGUGAGAAAUUCCGUUGAGCGGUACUUAUAAAGUUGCAUGCACAAAUGGUAUAAUUUUAUAAUUUCUGUUCAUUCCUGUGUAUGGCAGCUCUAGAUAUCAAGAUAAAGAACUAGUUGAUACAAUAAUAUCAGUAAGAAUGUUAAAAAACUCACAUAAUCAUAGAUUGAUAAAAUAUUAAGAUAAAUAUAAGUAUAAUACAUAUAUAAGCUCGACAUGGAUUUUUUUUACCGCUCUCGUAAAUGUUCAUAUUUUUCUUUAUAUUUGCUUUGCUUUUGUAUUGAAAAUAAUUACGUGUUAUUAUGUAUUGAUUAUAAAAAGAUUAUCGUAUAUAACGAUUUAUAUGUACACAUCUCUCGUCGGAUAUCUUGAUUCCUUAUAAGACAUGAAUCUCUUAUAAGGUUCAAUCGCACAACGAUUUUGAUAAUUUUGUUUAUAUUUUAGACGAUUGCGUGACAUAAUGGUUUUUCAAUGGUAUACGCAGAAUAUAAUGUUAUAUUUUUAGCUAUCGCCAAUUGAACCGUAUUUAACGCACUUACUAAUGAAUGGACAUUAUAUUCUGUUUGAGUAACAUUACACAAAGUUCACUCUAAUGACUAGAUGAUUUAUGAUAUAUUCUUAAAUAACAUACAGUCACACGCACAACUUCGCACAAUCAAUAGUGUAUAUAAUAAUACUCGUUUUCGAGUUAUUCCUAGAUGUACAAAAUGACGUUUAAAAGAAUACGUGAUAACGCUAACUUAGAUGUUACGUGACUCAUCGAUCAUUUAUUGUCCAGAUCAUUCGCUACCAGCGCGACAAAAUCACCAAGAUGCUUCGUCGCAUAAUAUCUGCGUCAUUCUUGGUAAUCUGUCAAGCCGUAUUCAUUCAUAUUCAUUCUCAGACCUCUGCUCAAGACAUUCAAUUCACGAUUCGCCUAAUAAUUCUACAAUUAAUGUGUCGCUACAGUUUGAUGUUCAUUCUAAAUAUUGGCAGCAUCACAUUAUGCACUCACAUGUAACUAAAUAUAUAAAUACAAUGACAUUAUCAGUAUCCGCGCGAAUAUAUCUAUAUAAAUAUUUUAGAACACAUUCGACAUAUUUAAAUAAAAUGAACAUUCUUACUUGAAACAUACAAUGUUAUGUCUAUUAUUUGGUGAGAAAUUAGGCCAAUUAAAUUAUCCUGCUAGAAGAAUUAAAGCGAAAAUUGUCAGAAAUUUAUACUGUGAAAUUAAAUUCCUAAUAUUUGAAAUCGUGAAGGAAUACAUUUUUCAAAUAAUUAAGAAGUUUAUUUUAUACAAUGAUUUUCUGUCGAUUCCUUUUAGCUCGCCUGAUUUUUGGAGGAUAUCAGGUCAUGUACAGACUUGGAUUGUCAUACUAUCACUAUAAGUCAUUGUCGAUCGAACCUAGUAUAUAAAAAGAAUCUGCGCUUAUUAAUCAUAAUUGAAAUUUAUUGCCCGAAUUAUAAUUUAUUCAAAUUCUAAGAAAACAGUGCUUCAUGUAUCACAAACAUGCUGCUAUUUAUUAAUUGGCUUCGUUGAAGCAAAUAUAAUUGUCGCAAAUAUUGAAGUCAAAUGACAUCAUUUGAUCUUUAUUAUAGCAAUAAUAAUGACUUUAAUCCAGACAGCUAGUCCUUUAUUUGAAAGUAACAUCGUGUGUGUAUAUGUGCGUGUGUGUGUGUGGGUCAAAAAGCAUGAAAAUCUUAUAAAAUAUAGACUUAUUCUUAUUGAGUAUGAGUGUAUGUGUGUUAUAAUAUAACAUUUACACGAAACAUAUAUUUUUUAAAAAAUUAGGAUUAUUUCGAAUUAAAUAAUCGUGCAUUUGUGUUAUAAUUUAACAUAUUUGUCGCUAAUCCACUUGGAUUUAUCUAGAAUAUUAACUAUAUGAAUGAUAAAUUAAAAUGUUGUAUAAUGCAAAAAGUGACGAGAAUGAGUGACAAAAGGGAUUUUUUUGAUGCAUAAAAAAAUUUUCAUGCUGGUUUUAUAAAGACAUUACACUGCUAUAUGUGCCGAAUUCAAAUUCAAAUAUGACAAAUUAUAACAGAUCUUAAAAUUAUAAGCCCUUGGAUAAAAAGUCAUUAAGAGAAAGAAUGGAUUCAAUCGAUACUACGUUCAAAGAGCGUUAUAUUUCUUCUGGCAGUGUCUGUACAUUUUUUUUUAACUCAAAGGUAAUUGCCUUAUAAUGUCAACUGACAUUUUAGUUUAUUCGUUUAGUUACUCUAAAGUGACAUUAUUAAGUUUGAGAUAUAUUCACACUUUCAAACGUAUCCCAGCAUAUCGAUAAUGGGCCACAGAAAAGUUACUCGUUAUUUUUUAUUGUGCCUAACAAAACACGAGUUAUGACAUUCUCAAUAUUUGCCACAACGAAGCUGCUGUAUUACAUGCUAUUUUUCUUUAUAAACCUAUAUGAACACGCAUUUCUCUUACACUAUUAAUUGAUUUAAGGUCGACGCAUUAAAAUUCAAUAAAUGUGUGAUCUAUAUGCCUGUUUGCUACGUUUGUGUUUACAUUCGUAUCAAAAGACAAAAUAGCUGUUUUAAUAGUGGCCUUAAUAAAGAUUAACUAAUA